UCGUCAACGGCUAAAUUUAAUGGGAUUAUUCCUACUGAAGCUGUAGAAAAACGAUAUAUGCUUAGUAGUGGCCCUGGCGGUCAAAAUGUUCAGAAGAAUGCGACCAAGGUUGAGAUAAGGUUUAACUUGAGGAAUGCUUAUUGGUUAUCAGAUGCACUUAAAGACGGCCUUGAGAAGCGACUGGGUAAUCGAAUAAACGCGAAAGGAGAGCUCAUUAUCGAGAGUGAUCGCACUCGAGAACGGCAUCUGAAUCUUGCUGAUUGCUUUGACAAGCUCCGUUCUACCAUCUAUGAUGUGGAAAGGAACAUGAAUUCGCGUGUACAAACCGAAGAAGACGCAGCGAUUAUUCGGCAGAGAGCAGAACUUUCUGCUCAACGGAGACUAGCAGAGAAGAGACGAGAUGCACAGAACAGAAGGCUCAGAGCAGUUCGUAUUUGA